AUGUUCAAGAAAAUCAAUCUUUCUCAUGGCAAAUGCCUGCGAAUUUUGAAUUCAACCGCGGUCUUGCCACUUUCUCGUUUUAACACAAAUACCUCUCCAAGAAAUAGCUUGCAGGCAUGCAAAAGCAGGAGCUAUUCCACCGCAGCACAAUUCCCACACCAGAACUACUCAUGGCCCAGCAAUCCAUCUUUCACCCCUUAUGAUGUCUUGAAUCUACCCCGCAGCGCCACGUACUCGAAACGAAAUUACUAUGACCUCGUUAAGAUCUACCACCCCGACCGAGCUCUCAAAGACCAUCCUCUUUUUCAUCAAUUGACCGCUGAAACCCGAUUGCAGCGCUACCGAAUUAUUGUUGACGCCCAUGAACUCCUUUCCGAUCCGAUCAAACGAGCGGCCUAUGAUCGAAACGGCACUGGCUGGGUCCACACGGUACUGGAUACAACAAUUGCAUACGACUCACAUGGACCGAAUAUCUACUCGAAUGCUACAUGGGAAGACUGGGAGGAUUGGUAUAACCGCCAUCAAGGGCCGCAGCAGCAUGUCGUCGACCAGCGCACCUUCUCUCGGCUUGUAAUCCUCUUGGUGUUGUUUGCAGGCGCCCUCCAAGCAUCCUGGAUCGGACAGGUGAAUAAUGAUGUCACUGAUCGAUUACGCGAGACCAACGCAAAGUCGGCGCGUGUCCUGCAGGACCGCAAAGACAGCACCAUCAAACAGAUGGAUUCAAAUGAUGCGCGCGUGCAGGGUUUUCUCAUCCGGAGAGAUCCCACAGGGUCGGGUUUGAAGGAGAACGAGCAACCAGUUUAUCAGAUGGAGUUAAAUCCUCGGCGCGGUUUGGAUGAGUCCUCUCAGGUUGGCAAAAUUAGCCAAGAGCUUGCACAGCCAGCGGACAUCAAGUCGGAAGCUUCAGAAUUCCCCUAG